AAACUCAACGCAAUACGGUUCACAAUUGACUGUGGAGUUUAAUUUAGAUGUUGUGGCACGCAGUGAAAAGGUGAGCAAGUGCGGAAAACUGUCAGUUGUGAAUCUAUCAGCGCGAUGGGCGGCCGCUCGCUCAACAAUCUGUACUCCUAGUUAGUUUCCUCGGUGCACGUGCUCCAAGUAACCACCAUGAGACACAAGUAGAAUAACAAAGUGAAACAUUAUCUGUGAUAUAACAUAAGGACGCUGGCGUCCGCUUUCUCUCUUUCCCUAAGCAUUUGUAUUAGCGUAGCGAUUUUCUACUAGGAUUUUUUGGAGAAAGCUUUUAGAAAUAUGGAUAGCCAUAAGGAAUAUGAGAGGAAUUGUGAAGAUGGGAAGACUGAGCAGAAGAUGGAGGUGGUAUCCAGAAAAGAGCCCUUCUGGGUUUUCGGUUACGGCUCGCUGUGCUGGAACCCAGGGUUCGAAUACCAGCAGUCUGUAACGGGCUACGUGAAGGGGUUUUCCAGGAGAUUUUGGCAGGGGAACACCACACACCGCGGCACUGAAUCCAAGCCGGGCAGAGUGGCGACGCUUAUAGAAGACAAGGAAGGCAUAACAUGGGGCAAAGCGUUCCUGGUAGCUGGAGAAAACAACGAGGCGCUGCCGUACCUCUCCACCCGAGAAUGCCAACUCGGAGGCUACAGGGUCUACACAGUCAACUUCCACCCUCGACCAUCUUUAUUCGAGCCAGGCAGCUACUCCACCAGCUCGGCAACCACAAUCAAAAAAGAUGCUGUACUAUACAUAGCUGUCCCCGGCAACAGACAUUGGCUGGGCGCUGCACCCUUACCAGACAUAGCCAAGCAGAUUCUAGAAUGCCAAGGGUCUUCAGGGCCCAACGCUGAAUACCUCUUGAGGCUAGCAGACUUCAUGCGAGAAGAAAUCCCUGAAGCGUUGGACGAACAUUUGUUUUCUUUGGAGAGGCUGGUGAGGAAGUUUGCAUCAGACAUGAGGGUCUGCUUGCGAACUCUUAUGGGUGACGCGGGAGAGAGUAGAAGAGAAGAGAAGGCAGAAGCCAAACCAGCGACGCCAAGCUUCCAGUUCGCUUCAAGAGUGCCCGAGAAGAAGCUACGCUGCGUGAAUAUGUGAUGGAGUCUCGGUCAAUUGCGGUUUCAUUUGGACUUUAGAAUAUUUGGAGCAACGGUCUAUCUAUUUGAGAGGAAUUCAACAAACGUAAAUAAAUUCUUGAACAAACUCUUCGAUUCCCAAGGUUUUGGAUGUAAUUUCUUUGAAAAACAUUUAGAAGAUUUUGUGUAUUCGUUUGUCAAUUUCCAAAUAGAUAUUUAGUGAGAUUGAACUAAAUGCACCGAUAAAUUAACCUUGUAAGUCAGAUUCAAAAAGUGACUUUUUAGAAAUUCUGUGCAUCUCUUUCUGUAUAAGGACUAUGCAUUUGUUGCUUAA